ACUCACGCCGUGACAGAUUGCAUCAUCAGCUUGCUGCUGCUACAAGUCAGUAGUGCAUUUAGUCAGUGUUGUUUUCCGAGGGAUUAUCACGUUCCGAGAUGCAGCUGAAAAGUGCCUGCGGAGCGUUGCUGAAGAUGGGCUUCCUGGGCGGUGGCAAAACCGCCCAAGCCAUGGCCCAGGGUUUUAUAUCGGCCGGUCUGGUUGACGGGAAGAAUCUCCGCGCGAGCUUCAGUCCGCAAGACGAGGCCAACAUGGUGGCGUUCCGCGGACUUGGCGCGCAGACGUUUACGGAGAAUCUCCCGGUGGUGCAGGACUCGCAGGUGGUGUUCAUUACGGUGAAGCCGUGGAUUGUACCCUUGGUGUUGGACAGCGUCAAGUCGAUUAGCGGAGGCAAGCUGUUCAUUUCGGUUGCGAUGGGACUGAAAUUGGCGGAUUUGGAGCAGUCACUCGUUCCGGAAGCUCGCGUGAUUCGAGUUAUGCCAAACAUUCCUACGUUGGUCCGCGCUGGGGCUGCGGUGUUUGUUCGGGGCAAGAAAGCUACCGAGCAGGACUGCGCGUUGACACAGACGCUGUUCGAAUCGGUUGGAACCUGUGACGAAGUUACGGAAGCGUUGAUUGAUCCCAUUACGGCACUGUCGGGAAGCGGUCCCGGGUACGUGUUUGCCAUGAUUGAGGCGAUGGCCGACGGAGCGGUCAAGAUGGGACUGUCGCGAGACUUGGCGUACAAGCUGGCCGCCCAAACGGUGAUGGGAGCCGGCAAGAUGGUCCGAGAAACUGGAAUCCAUCCCGGACAGCUGAAGGAUGACGUGGCUAGUCCUGGUGGGUCGACGAUCCACGGAUUGUCCUUUCUGGAGAAGAAUGCGUUCCGCUACAUCGUGGCCGGUGCCAUCGAGGCGGCCACCAACAGGUGUCGGGAGUUUUCCACGGAGAAAUGACCCAAACCAACGGACGCUUACAGCAGCGCCUCUCGAACUAAUUAAAUAACCACCGCAUGCAAACACACUGCUAAACAUUGCGUUUUUUCCGCUCAUUUCCGCAUAAUUCACCGGGGCGCUUGCAAGUCGCGCCGCCGCCGGCGUUCAACAACUGGGCAAAUAUUGGAGGUUCACAAUGGUUACAGAGCUAGUGUCCCGGUUGACAAGUUUGCAAACAUGUUGUUCAAGUGUCUAGCAAAAGGGGAAGAUUCUACUUUGUUUGGUCGGCACACUAUCGGUUACCGGGUGGCAAUAAACUCUGGUGACCCGGUCGUCGGUGGGUGAGGUAUACGGCUAGGUGUGGUCGUUUGUCGAGUGGCGCGUGCUGUGCACUAAGUUAAAGGGUAAACAAGAUUGUAGUCAUCGGUGGAUGUUAGAUAACGAAAACUGCAACAAUUUAUGCGCUUACGUGAUCGAAUAAUUGGUUGUUGGGUGUUCAAUAGUGAAAGAAAUGAAAGCAAUCAUUUUUUUGUUCUGAUAAUAAAAAUUGUCCCUGCUACAA